AUGGAGAGGGGUUGUCCAAUAGCAGGCUACGUUGGUUUUGACGGAAUUUGCUACAAGAGCUUCACGGAGGAGAAGACGCGCGAUGAAGCUAGACAGGCUUGUGCAGCAGACGGAGGGGUUUUAGCCAUGCCGAGGGACAGUGCCACCAAUACUUUUCUCGCUAAUCUAGCAGUUGUAGUUUGGGGUCGCUGGUUUGGGCUGACUGACGUCAACAAUGGCGGCCAGUGGGUAUUUGAGGACGGCCAGAACCUGACAUCAUCCGGCUAUUCCAACUGGCUCCCCGGGGAACCACGACCCGACUACGGUAAAGGUGGCUGUGUGGGAUUUUGGGAGGACGGAUCCUUCUGGGAUGAGAAAGACUGCAGCAACCUCAGAGGAUUUAUCUGCCAGCUGCAACUGCAAGAUUACUGUAUAGAGGAGUCUGUUGACACCGAAGCCGGACAGGUGACUUUUUCACGUACAGACGGCGGAAGUUUCAACUACUCUGCUGAACGCUGUAACUCGUCCGAAGGAAAUGAGAAGCCCCUGGCUACUCGUUUCUGCCGGAUCAUACCGGAUUCAACUGCAGUGUGGGACCAGCCUGUCGUCCUCAGGUGUGAUACUGACUUACACAAUCUGUCUCAGGUACGUGUCCACACCAAACUGUCCCGGGUAAGUGUUUACGCCAAACUGUCCCAGAUUGUAGUGAACAACAUAACAGCUCUGUCUGUGGCAACUGAACUUCAGGUCAUCACAACGCAGGCCGAAACGCUCUCGUCUGGUGAUGUUAGCACCAUUACAGACAUAUUACAGAAAAUAGUCAACGCCAGCGCCACUGAGCAGAUCGGAGAAUCCAUUCUGACAAUUGCAGAUAACUUCAUGAAGGUCAACGAAACUGUACUUCUAGAUAGCCAUCAAACAGAUAGAGCCCCAACAAGAGUUCUUCAAGCAUUGGAGAUGUUUGCAGACAGAGUGGAUCUGAGUACAGACAGGUUCACCUCCAAGCGACAGGACGUGGCACUGCAGGCAGCUGGCGUCAGUGUGCAGGAAUUUGAUCAGGGCCAAGGUCAGGAUGAGAGUCAAUCGGAGAUUUUAUGUGUGGAAUAG